CAUUUAGAAUUUAUAUUGUUUUGAUUUGUUGAUGACCAUCCGGUAGUAAAUGUUCUCUUUGUAACAUUUUUUUUACUUAAUUUUUUUAUAAAACAAUGGUUGCGCCUGAAUUUCAAGCUAUAGUUUUAGCAGCUGGAAAGGGUAGUCGACUCACUGAAGUACUUGAAGAGAGGCCAAAGUGUCUACUGCCAAUCGGAAUAUAUCCAUUGAUUUGGUAUACAUUGAAGAUGCUGCAAACGCAUGGAUUUACAGAAGCUAUUGUUCUUGUUUUGGAAAAUGAAAAAAUAGAGAUUCAACAGAGAUUAGAGAAAACUCAACUCAAACUAAAAAUUGAUUUCUGUUCCAUCUCUGGAGACUCAGACGUAGGAACUGCUGAUGCAUUACGACAAAUUGUCGAGAGAAUUAAGACAGAUUUUGUAUUGCUCUCAUGUGACACUAUUAUGGAGUUCAGUCUUUACCAUGUACUUAAAAGUUUCCGUAAGCACAAUGCAACUAUAGUCAGUUUAUUAGUACACAGUGAUGAUCAAGAUUUCGUAAUUCCGGGUCCUAAAAUGAAGAACAAAUUGGAACUGGACCUCUUCGGUAUAUGCCCAACUUCAAAACGUUUAGUUUUUAUGGGUUCUGCCAGUGAUUUUGAAAACAUUUUCAAGCUUCCUGGACAUUUAUUGCGACAACAUGAAUCGGUUGAAUUGUGUAGUGGAUUAUUAGAUGCCCACGUUUAUGUGAUGAAAAAAUGGAUGAUUGAUUAUAUUGAAGCAAGUUCGAAUAUUUCCUCGUUGAAAGGCGAGUUGCUUCCGUAUAUUCUAAAAAGGCAAUUAUAUACGUCGCUUAACUCACAGCAAACGCAAAUGGACAAAGCGAUAUCAGAGAUAAACAUGAUCACGAAAUCAAAUGAUAUUUUUCGGCUCAUAUCAAAUUCGGAAAUUGACAAAAAAAUGUCUGAUUCAUCAAUUUUCAACCAAGAGCCACCGUUCGGAAAUAAUUUACUUGGAUGCUACGCAGUAACUGCUCCGAAAAAUACUUUUGGUGUGCGGGUGAAUACACUUUCUGCAUUUUAUUUGGCUAAUCGGCAGAUAUAUAAUGUAUUUUCCUCAAUUGUGGACUCCCCGGUUACGACCUUGAUUGCACCAAAUUGUGACAUCAACUCGAAUCAAGUAUCAAAAACGGCAGUUGGCGAACAAACAGUAAUACAUGAGAAAACUUCAAUAACAUCCAGCACAAUAGGAGCGAACUGUGUAAUCAAGCCCAAGGUGCUAAUCCUCACCAGUAUUUUGAUGGAUAAUGUCAUCGUUGAAGAAAGUGUGGUGAUUGAAAAUUGCAUCCUAAGCGACAAUUCAAUAAUUAAAUCUGGCUCGAUUUUGCGAAACUGUUUGAUUGGUGCCAACUAUAUAGUGUCCCAAAAUUCACAGAAGGAUUUCGUUCACUUGUCAAAUUCAAAAGAUUUUAUGGAAAUUUAAAGAAAACAUUAUAUUGAGUUCAUUUGAUAUGUUA